AUGGCGGACAACACUGGUGCCGUGCACCGGGUGUUUGCCCGUGCCAGCGAUGACCCGUCGGCGGCGUCUAGCUCGGCCUCCGCGUUCCUGACCACGCUGAUUCCGGCCCUGAUCUCCUUCACGGUGAUGCUGGUGCUCUUCAUCAUUUUGCGCCGUAGCAACCGCAGAAUGUACAUGCCCCGUACCUACAUCGGCUACCUGAAGUCCUGGCAGCGGACCCCGGAAACCCCUACCGGCCUCUGGAACUGGGUGGCGGCCAUGUACAAGCUGCCCGACACCUAUGUCCUGCAGCACCACUCCAUGGACGCGUAUCUACUGCUGCGCUUCCUGAAGCUCAUCUCGGUUCUGAUGUUUGUCGGCUGUUGUGUCACCUGGCCCAUUCUGUUCCCCGUCAACGCGACUGGCGGCGGCGGUGGCCAGCAAUUGAAUCUGCUGAGUAUUUCCAACGUCAGCUCUGAUAACUAUGGCCGCUUCUACGCCCACUGCUUCCUGGCUUGGAUCUUUGUUGCUAUCGUUUUCUUCACCAUCACUCGUGAGCACUUGUUCUACAUCAACCUGCGCCAGGCGUAUCUCUAUUCGCCUGCGUAUGCCAGCCGCAUCUCUUCUCGCACCGUUCUGUUCACCGCGGUUACCCAGGACUACCUGAACAAGGACAAGCUCCGCGCCAUGUUCGGCCGUGAAAAGGUCAAGAACGUCUGGCUCGCCACUGACACUGCCGAGCUGGAGGAGAAGGUCAAGGAGCGCGACAGCGCCGCCAUGAAACUUGAGGGUGCCGAGACCAAGCUUAUCGUGAUGGCCAACAAAGCCCGCAACAAGCAGCUGAAGAAGGAGGGUGCCCUGGAGGACGGCCACACUGGCGAGGAAGGCGUUGACCAGUUCGACGAUGAGUCGGGCUCCGUGGCUGCCCGCUGGGUUCAGGCCAAGGACCGUCCCACUCACCGUUUGAAGUUCCUGAUUGGCAAGAAGGUCGACACCAUCAACUGGGCUCGCUCCGAAAUUGAGCGUCUUAGCCCUGAGAUCGAGGAGUUGCAGGCCAAGCAUCGUGCCCAUGACACCAAGCUCGUCUCAUCGGUCUUUAUCGAGUUCUACCAGCAGUCUGAUGCCCAGUCUGCCUUCCAGUCUGUUGCACACAACCUUCCUCUCCACAUGUCCCCUCGCUACAUCGGCCUUGAUCCUACCCAGCUGAUCUGGGCCAACCUGCGCAUCAAGUGGUGGGAGCGCGUCAUCCGCUACAGUGCCACCUUGGGCUUUAUUGUCGCCAUGAUUGUCUUUUGGGCCAUUCCGACUGCCUUUGUCGGUGCCAUUUCUAACAUCGACGCCCUGACCAACAAGGUUCAUUUCCUGAAAUUCAUUCUUGACGUCCCCAGCUGGAUCCGUGGUGUUAUCACGGGUCUUUUGCCCGUCGUCCUGAUGUCCAUUCUGAUGGCCCUGGUCCCCAUCAUCCUCCGCCUGAUGGCCAAGUGGGGCGGUGCCCCCAGUCUGUCUGCCGUUGAGAUGACUACCCAGAACUGGUACUUCACCUUCCAAGUCGUUCAAGUCUUCCUGGUGGUCACCGUUGCCUCUGCCGCCACGAGCGUGGUCACUUCCAUCAUCAAUAACCCCUCCUCCGCCCCCAGCUUGCUCGCCAACAAGAUCCCGCAAGCGUCAAACUUCUAUGUCUCCUACAUCGUCCUUCAGGGUCUGUCCUUCAGUGCUGGCGCCCUCCUCCAGAUCGUCGGUCUCAUCCUCGGCAAGGUCUUGGGCAAGUUCCUCGACAGCACUCCCCGCAAGAUGUACAAUCGCUGGUCUAACCUGGCCGGUCUCGGCUGGGGUACCGUCUACCCGGCGUUUACUCUGCUGGCCGUCAUCGGUAUCAUCUACUCUUGCAUCGCUCCUCUGGUUAUGGGCUUCGCCACCAUUGGCCUGUACCUCUUCUACUUCGCGUACCGGUACAACGUGCUGUACGUGUCGAAUGCCACCAUCGACUGCCAGGGCCGUGGCUACACCCUUGCCCUGCAGCAUCUCACCGUGGGCUGCUAUCUGCUCAUUGUCUGCCUCAUCGGCUUGUUUGCCAUGGGCUCGGGCGCCAACCAAUUGGCCGUGGGCCCGCUGAUCCUCAUGAUCAUCUUCCUGGUCUUCACCGUGCUCUACCACAUUUCGAUGAACAGCGCCAUGCAGCCGCUGCUCGACUACCUGCCCAAGAACCUGGAGUACGAGGAGGAAGCCCUGCUCGCCCGGGACCGCCAGCAGCACAGCGCGGAGGAGUCCGCCUCCGACGGCGUGGCCGGCACUUCCGUGGCCAAGGCCGAGAAGGGCCUCACCAACGGCUCCCUGCCCUCCGCGCAGAAGGCGCCCAACUUCAUUGUCAAGUGGUUGCGCCCGGACCGGUACCACGACUAUGCGGCCCUGCGCCGCCUCGUCCCCAGCCCGCUGGAGACCACCACCUACGCGCCCGAGGUCGAGGAGAACGCUUACUGCCACCCGGCCGUCAACUCGCAGGUGCCGCUGCUCUGGAUUCCGCGCGACCCGGCCGGUGUCAGCAAACAGGAGGUUGCCCACACCUCGCGCGUCAUUCCCAUCACCGACGAGGACGCCUGGCUCGACGAGAAGGCCAAGAUCUCGUGGAACAUGGACAAGGGCCAGCCGCCCAUCUACGAGGAGAAGGUCCCCUACUAA